CGGCGGGCCGGCGGGCCAUGUACGGCGACGUGUUCAACGCCACGGGCGGCCCCGAGGCGGCGGCGCGCGGCGCGCUGGGCCUGGCGGCCACGGUCAAGGCAGAAGGCGCGCUGCCGCUGGAGCUGGCCACCGCGCGCGGGGUGCGGGACGGCGCGGCCGCCAGGCCCGACCUGCCCACCUACCUGCUGCUCUUCUUCCUGCUGCUGCUCUCCGUGGCGCUCGUCGUCCUCUUCAUCGGCUGCCAGCUGCGCCACUCGGCCUUCGCGGCGCUGCCCCACGACCGCUCGCUGCGCGACGCCCGCGCGCCCUGGAAGACGCGGCCGGUGUAGCGGCGGAGCGGGCCUGGGCGGCCGGGGGCCGGGUCCCUGUCUCGCCACGAGCAGGCGGUACGAGCCGGGCAGGGUGGGCCUGACCCCGCGCUUGGGUCUCUGGCCCCGGGGAGCACGGCGCCCUGACCCAAAGACCCUUCCGGACUUGGAACGGCACCUGGGGGGUAAAGGGAGUGUUAGGAGGCUGGGUAGGACCCCGAUACUGGUAGCCGUGGGGUAGCACUGUUCUGAUCCCCUGGCGGAGGCUUUCUGUGCCCGGACGGGACAGCGGGUCCAGCCGGGGUGCCGCCGGGACGCAGAAGCUCUCCUCGGCUCGUGCUGGCUUCCUUACUCUGCGCGCAGAGGGGCAGGCACGGCGAGCGUGCAGCGGCCGCUAGGAUCCGGGAGCUGCCUGCUUGGCCCCUCUGGCCCUGGGGCCGUCUUCCCGCGCCGCUACCGCCUCUCGCACUCUUUGGCACCGAGGACCCCACCAGGCUCCGAGCGUGAACUCAGCUGGACUUUGGAAUGAAGGCCCUCGGGGGCCGCUUCCCCGGGGGAAAGUGAGGGGACGCAGAGUUUCAGUAAGUCCCACCAAGGUCCGAUGACCCAGGUUCCCCUACCCGCACGGGCGGAGGGGAAGCAGGCCUAGAGGCAGAGGCACCUCACGGUCAGGGAUCCGCGUCCCGCAUCCCCAGGGGCGGCAUUUCUACAAUAAAACCUCACCGA